GCAGUAGAAGAAGAAGAACCGGAAAUCCGCCAGAAGAGCAACAGGAUAGCUAGCUAGCAUUGGCAUGUUUAGCUUCCCAGCUGCUGUCAGACCGGUUCAGUGGUUCCGUCCGAGUCACUUGGUGCUGCCGACAGACUCGCAGGAGGAGGUCGGAUCAGGAUGGCGGGGGUGUUCGACAUCGACAUGGAGACCGAUGAUGUCAGCGACACAGAGGACGACGCCUGUGAGCUCACAGUCACAGAACCGGAGAAUGUUCAGACGGAGGAGGUGGAGCUGACCAGUGAAAGUGUGAACAGAGACAGUGAGCGGGUCGGACCCGACUGCUUCGAGCUUCUGACUGUGCUGGGCAAAGGAGCCUAUGGCAAGGUGUUCCAGGUGAGGAAGGUUCAAGGUGCUCAAACAGGGAAAAUAUUUGCCAUGAAGGUCCUGAAAAAGGCUAAGAUCGUGUGUAAUGCUAAGGACACGGCGCACACGGCAGAGCGGGAGAUCCUGGAGAAAGUCCGACACCCGUUCAUCGUGGACCUGCUGUAUGCCUUUCAGACCGGAGGGAAGCUCUAUCUCAUCCUGGAGUGUCUGAGUGGAGGAGAGCUGUUCAUGCAGCUGGAGAAAGAGGGCAUCUUCAUGGAGGACACGGCCUGUUUCUAUCUGGGAGAGAUCAUCCUGGCUCUGGGUCACCUCCACUCCAACGGGAUCAUCUACAGAGAUCUGAAACCUGAGAACAUAAUGCUGAGCCAGCGAGGACACAUCAAGCUGACAGACUUUGGUCUCAGUAAGGAGUCGAUUCAUGAUGGAAGCAUCACGCACACCUUCUGUGGGACCAUCGAGUACAUGGCCCCAGAGAUUCUGACCCAUUCGGGCCACAACAGAGCAGUGGACUGGUGGAGCCUCGGGGUCCUGAUGCACGACAUGAUGACCGGAUCGCCUCCGUUCACGGCCGAAAAUAGGAAGAAAACUAUCGAGAAGAUCCUUAAGUGCAAACUCAACCUUCCCCCUUAUCUGACAGUCGAUGCCAGAGAUCUCAUCAAACAGCUAUUGAGGAAGAGUCCAGUCAAAAGACUCGGCUCCAGUCAAGGUGACUCCGCUGAUAUCCAGAAACAUUCGUUCUUUAAACAAAUCAACUGGGACGACUUGCUGAACAAGAGAGUAGAGCCUCCGUAUAAACCUCAGCUGCAUUCAGAUGAGGAUGUGAGCCAGUUCGACACCAGGUUUACCCGACAGACUCCAGUGGACAGUCCGGACGACUCCACGCUGAGCCACAGCGCAGAACUCGCCUUCGCUGGCUUCUCCUUCGUGGCUCCAUCGGUGUUGGAGAGUCUGAAAGAAGGGUUCUCGUUCGAGCCCCGAUCUCGUCACGUUCGUCGUCACAACAGCAGCCCACGCACACCCAUCAGUCCACUGAAGUUCUCUCCUGCUGGGCCCUUUAAGUUGGCCGUGGAAGGAGAGCCAGACCUUUUCUCUCCUACGUCUCCACCAGCAGCUCCACCUUCGGUCCCGUUGGAGAACGGACCUGCCAGUCGGCCCAUCAAAACCCCGUCUCGGAACAAGAAGAAGAAAGGACAUCAGAGAUGAGGAGGAGGCUGUAAAACAUCCAGCUUUGGUCAUUUUUCUAACUUCUGAUUUCAGGUCCGACUUACUGGGAAACCGGUUCUGGAGAAAUAAAUGAACUCAGUACUGACUGGGUUUAUAGUCACA